AUGGAUUUAAAAGGUAAAAGUUUAAUUACUACGAUCAGGACUAGCGUAAAUGAAGCAGUUAAUUGUGUCAAAUUAAAUUAUACUGAUAAAAAAACUGAUUAUCCAAAAUCAUUUGCUGCUCAAUAUGCGCUUGCUGUUAUACAUAAUAACAAUGGAAUUAUUCAAGCAUUUGAAUUGAUUCAGGAUAAACGUGAAUAUAAUAUUGCAAAGAUUAAUCAAAGAAAUCAAAUACGUGCACAAAAAAUUUGCGAGCAAAAGAAAAAACUUGAAGGAUUUGACUUUGAUCAGGAUCUUGUACCUUAUGGUAUACAAAUUCAAAAUGAUAUACAAACAAAAAAGUUCUGUUCAUCUUUUUCAUUACUUGUCAAAGACUUUGACAGCACUUUAAUGUGUUAUGGAUGUCAAAGUUUUUCAUGUAAAUUUCCUAAUGGGUUUUGCAAAUUAUGUGGUUUUUAUUUUUGUGAAUAUUUAAUGAGACUUAUUCCUAAUGCAACAUUUCAUGAUGAAACGUUAAUUAAUUCAACCUUACAAAUAGAAAAAUUAGAUUCUUUAUUAAAAAAUAUAUAUGGAUUUGAGAAUUUUUGA